AUGGGGAACUCGGACUUGAGGAGGGAGGCGGCGGCGAAGUCCAAGCGGAUGACGGUGCAGCAGCUAAUGGAGCAGCUGAACGAAGAGGAACGAGCGUGGGAGACCAGCGAGGUGUCCGCUUCCGAGGAAGCAGAGGCGGAGGCGCCUCAACUCCAACGACCGGCGACCGACGUGGCCUCCCCUUCCGCUUCGCGAAGGCGGGUGAUCGUGGUGGUGCACCAGCUCCCAUUUCACGCGACUUCCGACCCCGACAUCCCUGGCCUGUGCAAAUUCGUACCGGAGGAGGACUGUCCCCUUCUCCACCUCGGAGAAGGCGUCCCCGCCGGCACCGAACUCGUCUUGGUCGGCACCCUCCCUGGCGCCGCCGACCUAUCUCAGGAGCUGCGCGACAGGCUCGCCCGGGGCAGCCACCUCCUCGGCUUCCUCAUCCUCCCCGUCUUCCUCCCGCCAAACACCGAUUCCAGGCUGUCCCGCCUCUGCAAGGUCUACCUCCACCAUGCCCUCCAUUCCGUGAUUCCCUACGGCGUGGGCGCCCCCAUCUACGACGAGUCCUCUUCUGCCGCCUGGGAUGAAGCCACUGCCAUCUUCGCCAACGCCGUCGAUGACGCCAUUCGCACCCACGACGACCUCGUCUGGUUGCACGACUACCAUCUCUUCCUCCUCCCCUCCCUCAUCCGCCACCGCCACCGCCACCCCAGCAUCCGCCUCGGCUUCUCCCUCCAUGCCCCCUUCCCGUCCAGGGACGUCUUCCUCUCGCUCCCCCCCGCCACCCAGAUCCUCAACUCACUUCUCUGCUGCGACCUCCUCGGAUUCCAUGCUCUCGAUCACGCCCGCCACUUCCUCUCGUGCUGCCGCCGCGCCCUCGGCCUCCACCACCGCCCCCGACGCUCUCCAUCCUCCCACGGCUUCCUCGGAGUCGACCACCUCGGGCGCACCAUCGGGAUCCACGUCCUAGCCCCCGGCAUCCACCUGCCCAGCACCGUCGCCCACGUUGCCGCCUUCUCCUCUCCCGAAGGCACUGACACGCUCGCCGAUCUCCGCUGCAAAUACCGCGACAUGACCGUCCUCCUCAGCAUCGACGAACCGGACGUCUUCAGGUCCAUCCACUUAAAGCUGCUUGCUUUUAACAUGGUGCUCCGGAAGCUCCAGGGAACCCGCUUCCAGGACCGCGUCGCCCUGAUCCAGAUGCUCAACUGCAGGGGGCGACCCUACGCGAGGGAAAACUCCGCCCUCCGCCAGAACCUCAAGGCUCACUGCGACACAAUCAACCGCGUUUUCGGUUCCGAACAUUUCAAGCCUGUCGAAAUGGUGGAGCAAGACGUUAUCAGACCAAGAGCGAAGGCCGCAUUCUACGUCAUCGCUGACUGCCUUUUGGACACCGCCAUAAGGGGCGGAGUGAAUCUGAUCCCCUACGAGUACGUCGUUUCCAGGCAGGUAGACCGUUCACGCCAUUCCUCCUGGAAGAAGAGCAGGGUGGUGUUGUCGGAGUUCACUGGGUCGUUGCAGGCCCUGAGCAGGGCGACCAAAGUCAACCCGUUGGACCCCCCAAAGACCGCCGAAGCACUGGUCGAAGUGAUCUCGAUGAGCGAGGAGGAGAAACAGGAGCAGCACGAGAAGCACUGCGCAGACAUCAGAAACUACGAUGUGGCUUACUGGUCCAGGAGCUUCAUCGAUGAUCUGAGGAGCCGUGAGGCGGCCCACUUCAACAACGGAGACGCUGUAUCCGAAGACGGCUUCACGGAGCUCCAAGAGCAAACGGUAACGUCGGCUUAUACGAAGGCCAGUAGGAGGGCAAUUUUCCUCGACUACGAUGGCACUCUGGAGUCCGAAUCUUCCGACGCGAAGGCACGAAAAGCGUGGGUUACGGACGUCCUGUCUUCCCUGUGUGCCGAUCCUAGAAAUGUGGUUUUCAUCGUCAGUGGAAGAACGAAGAAGGAUUUGGGGAGGUGGUUCGGGAAGUGCUGGGGUCUCGGCAUUGCCGCCGAACGUGGCUACUUCUCAAGGUGGGGAGGACAAGCCGAGUGGGAAUCUAUGGAGGAAGUCGUCAACCUCGAUUGGGUCGGUGUCGCGGGGCCACUGAUGAAACGGUACAUGGAGGCCACGAAGCAUCCGACGUUGGAGAUCAAACACAGUGCAAUCGUGUGGCGGUAUGAAGAGGUAGAUCCUGCACGGGCAAAGGAGAUGGUGGACCUUAUGAAGGAUUUGCUACUACACGAACCAGUAGUGAUCAAGAGUGGCCAUCGUAGCAUCGAAGUCCAUCCGCAGGGAAGCAACAAAGGCUCGGUGGUCAGGAAGGUCCUCUCGGCGAUGGCUGACGACCAGAAUCGAGCGGACUUUGUGCUGUUCAUCGGCGACGACUCCUCAGACCAGGACAUGUUCGAAUUUUUCGCCACGGAUAAGCACAAGGAUGUGGUUGCUCCCCGUGCCACCGUGAUCACUUGCACGGUUGCCAAUAAGGCCAGCAAAGCCAAGUAUUACCUGGAAAACAUGGACAGAGUCAAAAGUCUGCUCGUCUCCCUUGCUGAACGCGCAAGGUUGCUGUCGAGAUCUAAGCUGCUUACGGUAACCCAACAACAAUGA